AGAGAGAGAGAGAGAGAGAGAGAGAGAUAUUCAGGUGAGUGCAUCAUAAUACACUACACAAACCAAAAAAAUUCAUAUAUAUGUAUAUAUUCAAAUUCAUAUAUAUAUUCAAAUAUAUAUAGCCACAAAAACUCACUCCAAGAACAAAAAACUGUCUUUAAAACUGCAAGGCCUGGACUGGAGAGAUGAUUCAGCGCUAAGAGCACUGGCUGCUUUUUCAGAGGUCCUGAGUUCAAUUCUUAGCAACCACAAGAUGGCUCACGACCAUCUAUAAUGAGAUCUGGUGCCCUUUUCUGGUGUGCAAGCAUACAUGCAAGCAGAACCCUGUAUACAUAAUAAAUAAAUCUUUAACAAACAAACAAACAAACAAACAAACAAACAGUGAGGCCUUCAUAAAUCAUGCUUUCUACAUAAGUCCCUGUUAGGCCAUACCUUAAAACAUCUCUCUUUGGCCUAGAGAGAUAGAUGGCUUAGCGGUUAAGAGUACUGGCUGUUCUUCCAGAGGACCUGGGUUCAAUUCCCAGCACCCACAUAGCAGCUCACAACUGUCUGUAGUUCCAAUUCCAGGGGAUCUAACACCUUUACACAAAUGUACCAAUAUAAAUAAAUAAAUCAUUAAAAAAAAUCUUUCUUUCACACAGAUUUUUUUUUUCUAGCAGAUGAGAGUGUUUCCAUUCCAGUUAGGGAGAUUAAGGCCUUCUGGGCUAUAAGACUCAAGAAAACAAAAAUCAACAGACAAAAGAGCUGAGCUAGAGAUUCUAAUACAAUUUAAGAUCACCUUUUGAGCCAGGUGUGGUGGUAUGAAUCUUUAAUCCUCAUGCAGAGGCAGGUAGAUCUGUGAGUUCAAGGCCAGCCUGAUGUAUAAAGUGAGUUCCAGGUCACAUAGGGCUACAUGGUGGGAUGACGGCUCAAAUCAGAUAAGACCAUUUUCUAGCUGGGAUUAGAAAACUUGCCUUGCAUGUUCGAGGUCCUGAGUUUGAUCCUCAGUGCUGUGAUCAAUCAAUCAAUACUUUUUAGUGUUCAAAUAGAGUAAGUAGAAUUGUAUCUGUUAUUCUUUAGAAGCAGUAGUCUUAAUGACAGAUAAUUGCUAGUGUUUUGUUAUUUGGGUUUUUUUUUUUUAAGAUGAUUAUUGUUCGCACUAUAGAAGCAACAUCUCUGAACACCCUGAAUUAUUUCUGUAUCAUGCUGACCUUCCUUUCUGAUCAUUUGGGGUUUUGUUUGUUUGUUUGUUUGUUUAUUUUGCAAGACAGGGUCUCACUAUAUAACUCUGGCUGCCCUGGAACUCACUAUGUAGACCUGGCUGGCCUCUAACUCACAGAGUUCUAACUCUGCCUCCUGAGUGCUGGGAUUAAAAGCAUGAACUCCUUUCUGCUAUUUGUGAUGAAAAUUUCUAAGGCUGGACUGUUAGUAGAAAGCUGCUUUUGGAGUUUGCUUCCAAAUCCCCAGGUUAAAUGUUGGGCUUUGGAACAAAUACUCUUUUGUUAUUGAGACAGGUUUGACGAUUUCUAUAAACCUUAGCCUUUCUGCUUAAUCAUGAUACUUGAAUCAAAAACACAAGAGUGAGCUGGGCAGUGGUGGUGCAUGCCUUUAAUCCCAGUACUCAGGAGGUAGAGGUAGUCAGAUCUCUAUGAGUAUGAGGCCAGUGAGUUCCAUGACAGCCAGAGCUGUUACACAGAGAAACCCCGUCUUAGAAACAAACAAACAAACAAAAGAUAAGAGAGGAACCUUGUCCUAAUAUUUUAUAGCCAAAUUAUUCAACUGCUAAGACAAGACAACUGAGACCUUAAGUGCUUCCAUGUUGAGUGGAACAGUCCAUACUUGUACCAUAGACAAACCACUCUAGUGCAUUUGCCAACAGAUUGCUGUAUCCAGAAUCCCCCAAAGACCACCAAGAGACUGAAUCCUAUGCAGAAGCAAAGAGUCUUUUUACUACGAGUUAACUCAGGACUCUCUGUCCAUCUGACGCAGCAGCAGAGCAGGAGAGACCCCGAGUAGCAAUGGGGCAGGGUUUUUAAAGCAAAGGGGGACUUGGGGUCUACAGACUACAUAGGAACAGACUCAGGAUUGGUUUAUGUGAGUGGCAAUCAUGUUAGUAACUUUUAAUUGGCUAGGGUUAGUUGGGGGUUACAGUUAUCCAUUUUGGGGCAGGCCUGUCCUUGAGUUGCCCUGGAGGCUGGCUGGCCUAGCAUGUACUGACUGUGGGGGCUGACUCAGUGGCCCAGGCUCUGUCCUUGGCUCGUGCACCUAGCUCUAAGCUGGUGAGGGGUCCCAGACAGUAAACAACUGGCUGAACCUUGAGCGGUCAGAGUACAUGCAGAAAGGGAGCUACUGCAAGGACUAUGUCUUUUGUUCACGGCCCUCCCAGAAACUGCUUGCUCAAGUCUCAGGAAACUGAAAUUGAGGCCUGAUCUCUGAGAGAAGACUGAGCAGCCUGUUAUGGCGUCUCCCUGGUCCUUUCAAGUCGAUAAUUCAAGAUGCAAAAUGGGUUCCUGAGAUGGUUCAGCAGGUAGAGAUGUUUACUUUAGGGCCUGACAACCUGAAUUUGAUCCCCGGGACUCACACUGUAGAAGGGGAAAACCAGCUCCUGAGAGUUGACCUCUGACCUCCAUAUGCAAGCUGAGGUGCCCCUCCUGUGCAUGAGUACACACACACACACACACACACACACACACACACACACUGUGAAAAAAGAAGAAAAAUAUCUAGAAAUUAGUCCUGGUAUCCAUAGAUCUGGGACACUACACAGCAUGUAAAUUCUAAGAUGUGUGUGCAUGCGUGUUCGAAUGUGUGUGUGUGUGUGUGUGUGUGUGUGUGUGUGUGUGUGUGUACACAUAUAUUUGUUGUUUGAUAGACUACCAAAGAAUUGGAUAAUAGAAAAAGGACAUGGAAGUAACAUCACAGAAGUAGGGGUAGUUUGAGUUUAGACUGGUUAGCAAUUCCAUGGUUAACUAGUUAGGUAUACAGUCAGGCACACUGUUAAGGAGCCAGCCAAACACAGCCCCGGCAGCAUGCAUUUACUGAUUGGUUUUUUUACUUCACAGGAGAAAAGUAACCAGAUCCUAGUACUAGGCCUGGAUGGAGCAGGAAAGACCAGUGUCCUCCAGUCCCUGGCUUCCAACAGAGUCCAGCACAGCGUGGCACCAACCCAAGGUUUCAACGAAGUGUACAUCAGCACCGAAGGCAGCCAGUUGGAGUUCUUGGAGAUUGGUGGCAGCGAGCCAUUCCGAUCCUACUGGGGUAAGUACCUGCUCAAGGGAUGGCUGCUGAUCUUCGUGGUGGAUUCAGCUGAUCACGAACGAUUACCCGAAGCCAAGAAAUGCCUUCAUCAGCUACUGGAACAAAACCCAAGGCUCCCUCUGGUUGUGUUUGCCAACAAACAGGAUCUUAAAGCCGCCUAUCACAUUACAGAUAUCCACGACGCUUUGGCACUGUCUGAAGUGGGGAAUGACAGGAAGAUAUUCUUGUUUGGAACUCAGGUGACUGAGAACGGCUCAGAGAUCCCCUCCACCAUGGAGGAUGCCAGAGACCUGAUCGCACAUCUGGCCACAAAUAUGUAGAAGUGACUAGGACCCGGCCCCACUGCUCAACUCACCGUCAAACCACCAUCAAAGAGGGAUGAAUGGCAGGCUUAAGCAAACGUUUCCACUUCCAAUAAAAAAUAAGCCAUUUCCUAUUCUCUCAAUGCAAAGUGUAUAUACGAAGAGAACGAGAAUUCAUUAAGGUUACUUUUUUUUAUUUUUUAGAUUUUUAACUUGGAAAUUUUUUCAUUAUUUUGUUAGACACUAAUUUGGA